UGUAGCCGUAUCAGAAACAGCUGAACAAAAGCAAUGCGAGCUGCUCAUAUCAAAAACGGACAUACCGCUAACAAAUGACAAAUUACUGCAGAUUGUGAUAACUACCACAUUCAGGGUUUUACCACUGAGGUGGGAUAAGGACACAAUGUAUCACCUUUAGAAGAUUAAUAACGUACUCCGUUCAUGCCACAGCAGUCACCUUGACCUCUAAAGAUGGCUUUCAGUCCGCUUGAGCAGACAUAUUUAUCCUGUUCAGAAUGGUAAACAGAUCCAGCAUGAAUUUACUGUUCUUCUUUGGAGUGUUGAUUCCGGCGUUGGUCACCAUCGCCCUUUUCGUCGUAUUCUGCUACUGUUGGUAUAAAAUGAGAAUUCGAAACCAGAUUUUGUACAAGAAGCAUGAUCCACACAAGAUAGAGAGACUACGUUCAAUGGGGAAGAAUUAUGAAGCCCCGACACCCCCACCUCCUCCAUUCAAAUCAAGUUCUUCUCUGCUAAACGAUACAUUCAAUCACAACAACAAUAACAAGAACAAAUCAAAUGACAAUUAUGAGGAAAGUCCAGAGCCUACCGAGGGGUUUGAUAAUCCAGCAAUGUAUCGCACAAACCCAGACAGUGGAUUUUCAGACUUAAAUCAAAUUCAGUGUCAUGUGGAUAAUAGUGCUCAUGUGCAGAGAAGUGAUAGUAUACGUCCAAAUUCGCAAGCAUCUGAUGACUCAGAUGAUUCGGGAUUUCGCAGUUCGCGAUCUGGACAAUACAUUCACAGUGCUAGCAGCAGUACAGGAAAUGCACAGGAGAACUGUGGGCAUGGAGGUGGGGUUCACAGUUUACAAGUACACGAUUCUACUCCACUAUUUAAACCAAUCAAAAUACACCCAAAUGAAAUGGGACAGCAACCAUUAGUGUCAUAUGUGAACAGAAACUCAAGUAAACAUAAAAGUCAUAGAAAAAGGUUACCUUUACCAACUAGUCAGCAUUACAGUGUUGGAAAUACGUGUAGUGAAUCUCAUAAUACAAGCAGUGCACCUGCAAUAAACGCAUCUCAACAUCAAAUUGGCAUGAUGCCGUUAACAAGCAGUAAUCUCAGCCAUAGUGCUGCACAGUCGAGUCAUAGUGCUGCACAGUCAAGUCAUAAUACUGGACAGUCAUGUAAUAAUUUACAAUACAUUAGUAAAUCGAUAAACGAUGUUCAUGGUGGUCGACUGCAUAGCAUCGACAGCCAUGUGGGACCGGUUACUUGUGCUGGAAAUUAUGGAAUUAAACUGUGUUCUGAUAACUGUUCUAAUCGGAACAAUAUUCAUCCGCAUGGUCAUUAUAGUGAUGGAACAUUCAGCCAGCCUAACAGUAUUGGUUACGGAAGUGAUACAAACAGUUUCGGCCAGAUGCAUAGCAUCGGAUACAUUGGUCCUGUAACAGACCAUGGACCAAUCAAACAAAAACAGUUGUGUUACCAGCUUCCAUUAAAUAACCAGAUUUCAAUGAACGGACACAUACCAGUAAACUCUCAUAUGCCGGUCAACUCUCACAUUCCUGGAUAUAAUAUAAACACUACGAGUCAUAUGAGACCUAUAAAUCCAGACAAUAGAAUGUACGGUAUUAGGAGUCCGGUACAUAGUAUACCGGAGACGUCACAAAAACUUAUGAUAACACAAGCUAUGGUGCAUAAGCCUUACAUUGAGGAAUUAAGUGAUCCCUCCCUGUAUUCUGUUGUAUAGUGCUUGGCUCUGAACAAGUCUUUGUUUUCUUAUUGUUUUAAGGUCUGGAGAGAGAUACCUCUGAAAAAAUGCUUCAUUACGUUAAUAAUCUCAAAACAAUGAAAUGAUAAAUAAAAUACUGCAAUAAAUGGAGACAAGUACAUAUUGUUAUUUAACAAUUGUCCUGCUUUUACUAUACUAAUGACAUUCAUGUCACUCUACCUAUCUUGCCUUUAGAACAAAAUAAGAUUUUUAAAUGAGCAUUUUAUCAGAGUUAUCUAAUCACCUUAAUGGCGGGUUUUCAACUUACCUGCAAAAUGAAAUAGUUGAUUACUCUUAAAAUGCAUUGUUGUGCUAUAAUAUUAUUAUUUAUUGACUUUGUGAAAAGACAAACUAAACAGAGAUCCAUUCCAGUAUGUGAUAUUGUGCCAAACUUUCUACAAUAAACGGCAAACUUUUUAGAAUAUUUCAAUGUGUACUGUACAGUUCUGGCUUGUAUAUGUGUUUUGAUAAAUGGUCCAAAAUAAUACAGUUUGUUCUGAAAAACUUUUCGAUUUUCGUUGUAUUUUAUCUUCAAAUUAAGAUGACAGUUAUCUAUUCAGAGAACUUGUAAUACUUUUGUGGAGGGAUCAUAUUUAUCAACUGCUAGGGCUAUCCAACAAUUUAAUUUUUGGGCUGCUCUGGUUGAAUAAAAGCAAGUUGUAUUGAACUAAGGUCCUCUGACUGUAUCAAAUUUUUCCAAAUUUUUGAUGUUGUUUCUUUUUGUCAGGCAAGAUCACAAACAUGAUUCUAUCACAACUUUUUAUACUGAAACAUAUAUAUUUCAUUUUUGUCUGCUGUUGCUAAACUUUCAGCUUUGCUUUUUGUAUAGUCUUGGAAUCAUCUCCCAUAAACUGCAUUAUUUGGCAACACUGAUACAUAUAAAGCAAAAAUAUAAGAAAAAAAUGCCAGCUUAUUUAAGUUAUCCCAUAUCAAGCUUGAUACAAUUGAUUCUGCCUAUGUAACCAGUGUAGAUCAUGAUCAGCCUACACAUCCAUGCAGUCUGAUCAUGAGCUGCACUGUUUCCCAUUCAGUAAGUAUCUUUUUGGUAAGCACCCCUUUUAACAGUUAAUGGUACUGUCCAUACUAAAAGAUGGACAAGCUCAUUACAGAAAUUUAGCAGGAUAAGGGUUAAAGGUAGGAUCUGUGACAGUAAGUGACUUCUGUUGUAGAAAUGUUUGCAGCAAAGAAACAUAAAGAGAGAUCAAAAGAAAUCCAUUAAACACUAAUCAAACUUGUAUUACAGUUACCACAUAAAUGUUUUAUAACGCAAGACUACAUCAAGUACAUCGGUCUUACAUUUUCUUUCUUCUCCAAUUGUUAAAGUGUUCAAAUUUUGCAGUUUUUCAUUUGCAUUUUCUCAUGAUAUAUGAAUAUAGCAUAUUAAAACAAAAAAGUUACGAAACAAAAAUCUGAGUAUGUUUUAACAAUUGAAAACAAAGUGAAAUUAAUCAACAAUAAAAUGCAGCAUGCACUAAAAGUGUCAAUGUAAACUGGCUAUUUCGUACAGAUGUUUUUUUUUCCACAGAUGGCUUUUAAAUAAAUAUUGCUCCUUAAGUCACAAUCAAAGUUUUGACUGCAGAAUGUUCUUGAAAAAACUGCUGUAUCAUCCAACAUUGCAAAAAAAAAAGUUAAUCAAAACUGAAGAACUGUUACAAACGCAGACCCAACUAAUGUAUAAUAUAUAACUUGCUGUAACGGAAUUUUAAUUGCAAGCAUUUAAAUAUACAUUUGACUUCAAUAUCCCAUUAGGUUCAUUCAUACUUUUUCCAUUUAUUAUUCAUACACAAACUGAUAUUUCAUUUAAAUAUUCCAUCAAUGAAAUGCCACCGAAACAAAACAAAUUGUUGUAACGAUUACCUAAAAAAAGAUACAGAACACACAAAGCAUUGUCAAUUUUCUAUCUGAAAUACCACAUAUUUACAUUUUUUACUAGUAGAAAUACUGUUUUCUCUUAAUUUAUAUCUUAAAAAUCUAGAAAAAAUGCAGAUUUAUUCACUAGAUUAUUCUUUACAUUUUUUUCAUGAUCUUUUUUAUGGAAACAGGUAUUCUAUGUGUUUGAGAUAAACUUCACCUUAAAAAUAUUGGAAAAAGGAAAAAAUUUGUAAAUAUAAUCAAAAUUGUUUUCCAAUAAAUCAACACUCAGUAGUGUAUCCAACUUAUUAAGCCAAUAGGCUUGGCCUGCAUCAUGAUUUUUACAGACUUUGUUUAUAAUAUCAAUAAUUUCAAAAUGGGUAGAUUAUAUCAACAAAUAUAAUAAAAGCACAAGAGCUGUCCUAUAACAUGGCAGCAUUAAUGUCAGACUGCCCGACGUUAUACCUGCACAUCUAACGGCGUCUGGCUACACCUCUGUAUUUUACUGCAUGAAGGUCUGUGGUAAUGGGUCCUAUAACAUUAAGAAGAUUCCUUUACUGAAUACCAUUUUUUGUUCUAAUUUGUCUGAAAGAUUACAUCUAUUUCAAGCAAACAUAAAUAAUAAAACAAAUGUAAAUUUUGUUAUGCAAGACUGAUGGGCUGACAAAAGCUUUUCAACAAUAACUUCAUCUGCAGACCACUGAUUAAUGUAAGAACCCUUCCUAGACGGAAAAACGCAAGUAUGAAACUUCGCAGAUUAAUGAAUUUUCAAGUUUUUGCACAUCUAUCAACGUCAGAUACAGUCAUUACUUACAUCAUACUCCCGCUGAUGAAAUGUUCAUAUUUUAUGUUUUUAUGCAACUAAUAUAUAGGCCGCUUCCCUACAGAUUUAUAAUUGUCAGAACUUUAAAUAACUUCCUUCAGAAAUUAUAUCACUUUUAGCAAUAGUUUGUCAGUUAAUAAGUCAGACAUAUUUUUAAAACAAUUAUUUUACAAUAAUCCUUUUCAUCUCAAAAUUGUUUUGGCUUUAGUUUCUUUAUUAAAUAAUUUUUUUUUGCAAGCAUUUUCAAGUAAAACAAAUUUCAAGAAACCCAUAUCCUAGUAAAUAUCAAAAGGGAAAACAUUGUCCUCAUUCUUACUUUGUUAUUCUUAAUAAAGAUGUAUUAUGUGACACACUGUUUUAAAAAGAAGGACAAUUUGCUUGAUAUUCUUUCACAAUUUUUUGUUUUCUCAUGUCAUUUAUUUUUCUUGUUAGAAAACAUAUCUGAUCAUGUAUUUGGCUUUUAUUGUAAGCAUCCCAAAAACUGUGGGAAUCCAUUAGGUUUGAAUGACCUUCAAAUAUCACACCCCUGCAAGAUGGACCCUUUUAACCUGGCGAAACACAUAACAUAUUAAAAUUUAGCAUGAAUUUCUCUGUUGUUUGUUACUAGUCAAGCACUAUGUUACUGUACAUCAUUGUUUCUUGUAACUAUGUCAUUCCAGUCCUGCUCUAUGUACAAAACAGCUGGAAAUAAAAUUUCAUAACAAUUA